UCUCCUCCACCGCCCCAUCUCACUCAUUUCCCAUUCUUCUUCUUCUUCUUCUUCUUCUUCUUCCUCUUCCUUCCUCCCAUGGCUGUCCAUUCUUCUCUCUCUUCACCUCUCGGCCCUCCCGCCUGUGAAAACGACGCCAAGCCUCUUCAAUUCAUUGACCAAAUGACUCGCAACGCCGACGCCGUCCAACACACCGUCCUCGCCGAAAUCUUGUCCAGAAACGCCUCCACCGAGUACCUCCGCCGUUACUCCCUCGACGGCGCCACCGAUCCACAAACCUUCAAAGCUAAACUCCCCGUCAUCACUUACGAAGAUCUCCAGCCCGAAAUCCAACGGAUUGCUAGUGGAGAUCGCUCCCCGAUUCUCUCCUCCCAUCCUAUCUCCGAGUUCCUCACUAGUUCUGGUACUUCUGCCGGUGAAAGAAAACUUAUGCCGACGAUUAAGGAAGAACUGGAUCGUCGUCAACUUCUCUACAGUCUUCUCAUGCCAGUUAUGAACCUCUAUGUGCCUGGGUUGGAUAAAGGCAAGGGGCUUUACUUCUUGUUUGUGAAAUCGGAGACGAGGACUCCGGGUGGGCUCUUGGCCCGACCCGUUUUGACGAGCUAUUACAAAAGUGACCAUUUCAAGACCCGACCCUACGACCCGUUUAUGGUUUAUACCAGCCCUAAUGAAGCCAUUCUUUGCCCCGAUUCCUUCCAGAGCAUGUACACUCAGAUGCUCUGUGGUCUUCUCCAACGCCACCAAGUCCUCCGCCUCGGCGCCGUCUUCGCCUCCGGCUUACUCCGAGCCAUCCGCUUUCUUCAAUUGAAUUGGCAGGAUCUCGCUACUGAUAUCCGCAACGGAACGUUGAAUUCGAGAAUCACCGAUCCGUCGUUGAGAGAUUGCAUCGAGAAGAUCCUGAAGCCGGACGCGGAACUGGCGGAUUUCCUUUCGGAUGAAUGUUCGAAGGAGGACUGGGAGGGAAUCGUGACGAGGAUUUGGCCGAAAACAAAGUACCUCGACGUGAUCGUCACCGGAGCGAUGGCGCAGUACAUUCCAACGCUCGAUUACUACAGCGGCGGAUUACCUCUGGCUUGCACCAUGUACGCAUCGUCCGAGUGUUAUUUCGGACUGAAUCUGAACCCUAUGUGUAAACCAUCAGAGGUUUCGUACACUAUAAUGCCAAACAUGGCGUACUUCGAGUUCCUCCCUCACGAACCAAAUUCCGGAAACGAUUCGCCUCCAAAACUCGUCGACUUAGUAGAUGUGGAGGUCGGAAAAGAAUACGAACUAGUAAUCACAACAUACGCCGGAUUAUACCGGUACCGCGUCGGCGACAUACUCCGGGUGACCGGAUUCCACAACGCGGCGCCGCAAUUCCACUUCGUGAGGAGGAAGAACGUGGUGCUGAGUAUUGACUCGGACAAAACAGACGAAGCAGAGUUGCAGAAAGCGGUGGAGAAGGCGUCGGAGUUGUUGAAGGAAUGGAAGACGAGCGUGGUGGAGUACACGAGUUACGCAGAGACGAAGACGAUUCCUGGACAUUACGUGAUAUACUGGGAAUUGAUGGUGAAAGAAGCGACGGAGGAAGGGAAAUGGCCGAGCAAAGAAGUGAUGGAACAGUGCUGCUUAGCAAUGGAGGAAUCACUGAACUCAGUUUAUCGGCAAGGGAGAGUUGCAGAUAAUUCGAUCGGAGCUUUAGAAAUCAGAGUGGUGAAGAGCGGAACAUUUGAAGAACUGAUGGAUUACGCCAUUUCAAGAGGAGCGUCUAUCAACCAAUAUAAGGUUCCGAGGUGUGUGAAUUUUACUCCUAUUAUGGAACUUCUCGAUUCUAGAGUAGUAUCGGCGCACUUUAGUCCUGCUCUGCCACAUUGGACUCCAGCUAGGACACGCUAAUUUCUUUCUUCUUUUGUUUUUUUUUUCCCUUUAUUUUCUUUUUCUAAAAUUUGGGAAAGAAAAUGAAAAAUGUAGGAUUGUAUUAGGAGGGCAGUCUGUAUUGUACUGUACUGUAUGAAUCUUGUUCUCAUAACUAAAUUAUUGAAAAAUCACAUUUGUUUACUUUAUAUAAAAGAUGUUAAAAUCC